AUGGCAUUCAAUUCUUCUCCUUUGACUCAGCUUCACCGUGACCUCGCACACGCCAAUCUUGAGAGGCUGUCUCUACACGAGCUUCCAGAGGCACCUGUACAGGACCCCGACUUCAUCUCCAUCCCAGAGAAGUGCGACGUUGCGUUCAACCUCUUGAAGAAAUGGAGUGUUCAGAACAAAGCCAGCAUCGAAGCGUCCAUUGCUUCCCAGGCAUUUGGUGGGAAAGCCGCCAUCUCCUGGUCUCGGGCUUUCCUCCCUUUCAUGGAGAGCAUGGCCAUGUACCUACGGGACUAUAGCAAGCUCCGAAAAGCCUGGAAAACCUACUGCGACUUGAAGGCCAAGGGGCCUUUGAGGAAUGCCGACCUCGAAACGUGUAUAGUCCAGUACCAUGCUGCCUACAGCCCCAUCCGGGAACUCGCACAGUCGUGGGGCAUGGACUUCGUCGUCCUCUGCGACCUGAUACACUCCCCUCCCCACGGGCACGUUGCUUGGGACGGCCCCUACUGCGGCGCCUUCUUCUCGACCGACACCCAGAAGGCCAAGCCUUUUGUUGGCGUGGCGUUCAAGGGCACCAAUCCCCUGAGCCUGCGCGAUAUCGACGUGGACUACAACUAUCAGCUGACGGAUUCUGGGAGAUACCUCGGCGGCACGCGCGUGUCUCUCGGCGUCUUCACUGCUCUUUUCGACAAGUUCGAGAGCAUCGAGGACACCGCCUACGACUUUAUCACGACGGCGCUCGGGAAUUGUGUGAUGAAAAUGUCCAAAGCGCCCGACAGCGUCGUCAGGGCUCACGUCACGGGCCACUCACUCGGGGGCUCGUACUCGUCCUUCUUUUACGCCCAGCAACUGCAAGAUGAUGGGGUUCCUGAUGUGCGUAUGGCGACGGGAGACGAAUACACGUUCGGUGCUCCGCGGGUCGGAGGCCAGCCGUGGGCAGUCCACAACGACAGCGUUGUCUCCGAGUCUGAGGGGCAGUCCUGGAGGAUCGUGAACAGCCAGGACCUGGUGCCGCAGGUUCCCCCAACGAGCUUGAGACCAACAGAGCUGGAGUUCUGCCAUAUCGACAAAGGCGUCAAGAUAUUUGGAAACCAGCUCCCGGAGCCCAUCAAAAGCGAGAUCGGGGGGCCACCACCGCCGGUUAUCAACUUCGAGAACCCUUGUGCGCUCGUUCGGGCCGUCUAUGAUUCAACAUACCACCGUAAGUCUCCAUGCAAGUGUCUUUGA